AUGGUCGAAGCGGUGUUAGUCUGUCAGCUGGUCCUGGGCGCGUUAUCGUCGUGGGCGAGCGCGCAGUACCCGUUCCCGAUGGCGGCGCUCGGGCCGGCGGGCGGCGGGCCGGCGGGUCCCGGCGGGCUGCCGCUGCCCCCGCACGGCGCACAUGUGCCCAUGCCCAUGCCCUUGCCCAUGCACAUGCCGGUUCGCCAGCCCCAGAUGCCUGUCGUCGUGAUGCCCUACCGCUCGAAAGCUAGCGAUCGCGCAUUUAACAAAAAAAAGCGUCGCAGACCGCACUACUCGACCGAGGAGUCCAGUUCUGACAGUACGAGUUACGAGGACUCCUCCUCCAGCGCCGAGUUCGACUUCAGACGAGCGCGAGGGCGCCGACAGAGACACAAGAAGAAACGCGAAGUCCUGACCCCCGUCAUCUCGUACGUGACCAGGAGCGGCCGCGUCGUGUACCAGAAGAAAGUCAAGAAGGAAAACCCGGCGGAGUGGCUGGAGUUGGGUGCGGGUGGUGCGGGGGGCUCGGGGGGCGCGGGGGGCUCGGGCGAGGGUCAGGCGCGGGCGCAGCCGCAGGACGAGCUCACGGUGCGCGACUUGAAGAGGACGUACAAACUGAAAAAACACAAGCACAGGCAUUAG